GCAUAACUGAGCGACAGUUUUGCGAUCACUUCCAACCAGUACACAGCGUACCUUCUGGUGAGGAUCGUUUUCUUCUUCGGUGACUUUGGAGCAUUGUGAAAGAACUUGAGCUUGAACAUGGUGUCUGUGACGACGAGUGUUGUGAUGCUUGUGGCGUUGGCGAAUGUUUUGGCGCCAUCCACCGAGGGUGCGGCUGCCUACUGCCCAAGCCGGUGUGUGUGUGACGAUGUGAAACUGCACGUGACCUGUGGUGAGGGCGAACUGGACGUGCUUCCGAUCGCGCUGAAUCCCGCGAUCGAGCGGCUAGUGAUCAAGUUUAAUCGUAUCAAGGCAAUAGAUUCAUCGAUUCAGUUCUACAGCGAUCUAACCAUGCUCGACCUCAGCUACAACCAUCUGCUGGGUAUUCCGAAGAGCAUCUUCAUGUACCAGAAGCGACUGUUGCAGUUGCACCUGAACAACAACAAGAUCUCCUCGAUCGGAAACAAAACGUUCGCCGGUAUGGACGAGCUGCGUGUGCUUAAUCUGCGCGGGAACUUUAUUGAGGAAGUGACGAAAGGGCUGUUCCGUGCGUUGCCCAAGCUGGAGGAGUUGAACUUGGGCGAGAACCAGAUCGCCUCACUGCAUCCGGACGCGUUCGAAGGGUUGACGCAUCUGCGCAUACUCCACCUGGAUGAUAAUGCGAUCAACGUGAUUCCGACACUUUCGUUCAGACCGUUGCGUUUGCUGGCCGAGCUGUACCUUGGCCUGAACACGCUGAACCAGAUCCAGCCCGGCUCGUUCGAGGGUAUGCAGCACUUGAGACGGCUGGAUGUGCGCGGUUCGAUGCUGGUGAACCUUACGAUCGACACAUUUCGUGGUCUGGAGAACGUACGAUCCCUGGACGUGUCCGAUAACCACCUGCUGAAGGUACCGACCGUGGCGCUGAGCAUUCUCACCCGGCUGGAGGAGCUGUCCAUCGGCCAGAACGAUUUCGAAGUGAUUCCCGAGGGUGCCUUCUUCGGUCUUUCCAACCUGCGCAAAGUGUCCAUCUCCGGUGCGCUCAACCUGCAGCGAAUCCAAUCGGGUGCGUUCGCCUCCAACACCAACCUGGACACGAUCGUGAUCGCUUCGAACCGUAUGCUGGCGGAGCUGGACGAAGGUGCAUUCUCCGGUUUGCCCCACAUCGAGAACGUCAUUCUGCGCGACAACGCGUUCCGGACGUUCCGCGAGGAACUGCUGCCGUGGAAGCAGCUGCGAAACUUUGACAUCUCUGGCAAUCCGCUCGUCUGCAACUGUCACAUGCGCUGGAUGAAGGAUCUGCUGCGUGAGAAACCCAUCGAAACGGAACAGAGCCGUGUGAUCUGCCAGUACCCGGAUCGGUUCGCCGGUGAAACAUUGCGUGAAAUCAGCACGGAGAUGUUGGGCUGUCACCAACGGCAAUCGAAGGACCGUGCGGUUGUCGGUGUGGUGCUGGUGGCUUCGGCUGCAUCGCUGACAACGUUCAUCCUGGUCGCUUACCGGUUACGCCAUCGGUUGAUCGACGUGCUGGGGCCAAACUUCCACAACAAGCGCAACUCGCUGAAGGAGGAAAAGGAUCUGGAGUUUGUGAAGUCCUUCCCGGAGAUCGAGUACCAUCAGCCGAACUUUAACAUCUACACCUGCAACUACCAGCAGAUGUACCAACAGAAGCCACCGUGUCCACCACAGUUCCAGCACCACAUCUACGAGACGCCUAUGCCUGUGUCCGAUCUGUAAGCGAUCGUAUGAUACGACGGGGGUUAACAAAACACAUCUCAAACGACCACCGGGGAGUAGCGAUGGGACCCAAGCGAAGUUGGACACAGCUCAGUUCGGUGCAACUGGCAAGCCCAAGGUAAUCAAAGGAACAUGAAGUUCGGAUUAUCAACACGACGGAUCCUGCUGGAGCUUACAUCUCCACGGUUGAGGACAAACGGCACGACGAGAAACGUGGCGCGAACGCAAGGAAGCGAGUUUCUUCGGUAGCCGCUCACAGUCAGCAGACACGGGAUGGUAGAACAAGUGCUGGGUACCGCAGCAAUUGCGAACUAAAGCGCAAACGAGUUCAUUAAAUUGCUUUCGAAAAUAAAAAUAAAAACCAGCACAGACGAAACAAACAUCAAAA